AUGAUAGAAACGAUGAAACCUUCGCAUGUCAUUGUUCAUAUCCACACAGGGCCUAAAUCCAACGUCUCCAACCUCAAAGAAGAAAUCGCAAAGUUCUUAGAAGAUCGACAUGACCGCAUAUCGAAGCGCUUAUGUCUUCGAAGCUCGGUCCGGUCCAUAUUGGAAGAAGCGAUUGGCGGAAAGAUUAAAUCCUGCAAUGCCUGUGAAAGCUGGAAAUCUGACGGAACGAUAGAUGGUUCAUCACAAAAUGAAACGACCGAAACUGACUCAUUUUGGGACCACUCAAAGCACACUGAUAUUUGGGGAGAAGGCGACUUUAUCAGUGUGGACGUUACAAGAGUUUCUACGCUUCAGGCGAUGGCACAGUCACCAACUGACACUUGGGACUAUUCAAAAAUGAGACAUUUCGUGGCACAGGAUGGUUCAGCUGCAACUUCUCGAAAUACCACCCAAAGCCAGAAUUGGUGGGAUCGACCACUGUGGGCUUGGAAGAGGAAUGAGUUGAUCCUAGCACAUGGCGCAAUGCUGGCCGUGGAGAUGACGGAAGACCUCAAGAAUCCGAUUUUGUUGCCUUCUCAGAAAGUUAAAGUAAUAGUUUCAAAUACAAAGGCCAUCCCAGCGAUUUCUGCUUCUGGAGAUUGGCCGUAUCAAAUUGCAGUACCUGGGGGGACAAAUAGCUGGGACACCGAGAAAGAAGAGAAAAUUGGAGAUAUGUGCCCAACCCGGAGCUGUAGUCAUUUAGUUACAUCGACUGACUAUGAAAUUGCUUCGCAGAUGUGUGAGAAGGACAAACAUGAACCGAACCACCAAGACGGCGAAGACGAACAGCAUGGGAAAGAAAAAAAUCGAUUAAGUGCUGAAGUUUCGGGUUUGCAACGAAUCGACUUUCAUAACACCUUGUUGCAUGAUUUCAACGAGGACGAAAGCAAAUGCAAGCCCUCGUCAUCAGGUGCAACUGAAUCUUUGGCGAAUAUUCCGAUAACGCUGUCCCCAAAGGACUCAAUUGCAACCAUGGAUCCAAAGGUCAGCAUGGAGCAUGCAAGCGAACUAAGGCUUGAAAUAGCGAUUGAAAGUUCAAGCAUUGGUGAAUCAAGGUCACCUUCGACAGUUCCACCUCAUGCAAUGCAAUCCUUGAUCGUCACGCCGGUGCAUCAGCAUGACCAUCCGCUCACAAAUUUCCACGAAUGUCCCGGCAGCCAUGAGACUGGUGACGGAUCCUCUCAGUCUGAGAAUACUGAUAGCGUACAGAAGGACUGGGCGGACACCCAAGUCAUUGUUUUAGGUGAAGUAGGUGAAGUGGACAAUCCGCUGUCCACACCGACUCAACAAGCAAACUUGCAAAGUGCUACGGUUUCACCAAAUGAUAUGCAGAAAGUGGAGGAAGAGUGCAAAGCUGGUGGCACCGAAUUCAGUGAGGUCAAUAGAAGUGACGACUUCUCAGAUUCUUCAAGGCCGCCAAGUCGAGCCAUCGUGUCGAGUUCACCACAAUUGGAUAGUCAAGGCAUUGACCUAUCAAUGCUGUCUCAAAUUCCUCAGGAACUUCGCUCGGAAGCUCGCUUGGCGCUUGCGGUGAGCCAUCAACGGAGACCGAGAAAACGGUUUAGGCCGCCGACAGAUUCACACCUCUACAAAUGGCUGUCCUCCACUUCCUCGAAAGCUUCAAAGGUACAGCGAACUGAAAACCCUUUACUGAAGGACAAGGAGCGUCCCAGCAGCAUUAAAGAUUUCUUCCACACGACCUAG